AUGCCUCUCGCUCCCCUCCGAACUGGGCUUUCCUGCGCAAGCCGCAGAGCCUUCUCAACCACACCGCGGGCGUUCAACAUAUCCCCCGAGUCCCCUUCCUACAUUGAGAUCCCACGCCCACCACAAAUUCGCUCAAUCCAGCCUCCCCGCAAAAAGGGAAAACUCCCACACCCAAAAUCUCUCCCAUUGGACCUCGACGCUACCCCCGCCACACCAGAGCCCUCCCCGGAGCAGAGGUCUCUCGAGGGUGUUAGCGAGGAGACCAAAGCAUACAUCAAGUGGAAGAGUGCUCUCGCCGAAAACCGUCGUCGCAAUCUACGUGAAGGUGUUGCAGAGCUCCAGCUACGUCAGAAGAACCAGGCAGCCCACCGCGCAAAGGUGCUCAAGAAGCGGACUGAGGAGCGUGAAGAAAAACUGAACGCGAAGCAACGGGAGGAUGUGAGGUUGACACUGCCAUCGGUACUGUCAACUCUGCGUCUCGAUGAUGGGUCUACUAUGCAGCGGAUUACCCAGGAGAGGCUGGCUGAGAAGAGCGCGCUCAGGGAGGCGAAGGAGGCAGCCAAGGCAGCGGCUAGGAUCGAGAGCUUCCACAAUCUGUACCUGAACGCCAAGGACUUUAUCAUAACGGAGAAACAGCUGGACGAGGCAAUUGAGAAGGAAUUCGGGCCGAUGGAUCAUCUCUACAAGUCAUUGCCACCAACAGUGGAGGAUAUGCUGCUCCAGGUCUCGAACAUUCACGGCGAAUUUGCUAAGAACCCGAAGAUGAUGGAGAUUGCUGGAGCGCUUACGGGGGCAAAGCUGGCGCAGGAGAAGAAGGGGUCAAGGAUAUAA